GUACAAUCUAGUGUGAUAGAAGAAAAAUAAAAACAAAGGACGUAGUGAAUCUGGCACCAUAAGUUACCAGGCCAUCUGCCGAUUUUUUUUUUCUUCGAGGGUACACCACCAUUACACCGAUCCACAGACAGGCAUGGUAGAAUGUUAAAAAUCGGUGAAAAUAGGGACAACAAUCGAGUUGGAUUGACGCAUUUGACCGAGUGACGUCGAUGCUGAGGGCAGGAUAAUUUAUAGAAGAAUUUUCACCCAUAUUUUUAUCAGCAUGUCUGCAGGGAAGAAAAAAGGUCGUCAGAGUUGGACAUCAGAAGACUGGGAUGCAGAAUUCAAAGCAGCAAGCCAGAAACUUGCUCAAGACCUAGGACUCGAUCAACCCAAGCAAAAACGCAAAAAGGAUUCAGUGUGGGUCUAUAAUAGACCAGAUCCUGAAACUGGGCUUAUCAAAAAAAGGUCAAAAGAGAGAAAAAGAAAAGCCCCAAAGAAAAAAGGGGAAUCAAAGGCUCGACUUCAAGUACCACAGAGGGAAACUCUGCAUGAUAAAAUCAAAGAAGAAAAGAUGGACAGUGCAAUGGACAAUGGUCUCUGUUUCAAGCCUCCCAUGGCUGUGAAAAUUUGUAAACAAGAAGUUGUCAUCAAAAUCGAGAAAGAUGACUAUGUGGAUGGUGACAGCCAGUGUCCAACGCUACAAAGUGGACAAGAAGGAAGCCUUAUGAUCGACAAAGAAGAGAAGGUGGUGUUCCAGAGAAGUGAUGGAUUCAAGAUUUACUUCAUCAAACAAGAACUCAAGGAAGAGGUUUGCCAACAAGAGACUGGUCCCUGUUCCAAAGGAGACAUGGCCUUGGAACAAAGUAGUUUGCAGCAAUGGACUUUGGAAGCUCAACCAAAGGAGAAGACUUUUGUUGGAGAUACCAAACAAGAUUCUGUCGAAGAAGCAGAGGGAGUACAGGCUGCAUCUCAAGUCUCUUCAGGGGGCUGCAGAAAUGUCAUCAAGGAAUCGAGGCAUGUUCUCUUAGAUACCAAACAAGAUUCUGUUGAAGAAGAGGGAGUAGGCCUACAGGCAACAUCUCGAGUUUCUUCAGGGGGCUGUAGAAAUGUCUUCGAGGAAUCGAGGCAAAGGAACUCGGAACACGGUAGAAGUAAGCAUGCUAAGCUGCCCAGUAAUGUUGGGAUGGGACAUAUCAAGGCAGAGGAAAUAACUGAGAGUGAAGACGGCAGUGAAGCAAAUGUGGCUCUAUCUUCAAAAGCUGACAAAGCUAUAGUUAAGGUUGAAGCCCCAGUUCCUAGGACAUACGCUUGUCCGACGUGCAGUCAAAGGUUUUCUAAGCGAUAUCACCUGAAAGAACACAAGUAUAGGAUACAUUCAGGAGAGAGCCCUUACGAAUGCCCUCAAUGUCGGAAAGGUUUCGUAAGACUGAGGGAUCUGGAGUACCACUUCAAAAUACGCCACAGGAGCAUUUACAAAACGACCUGUGAAUGCGGAGAUAUAUUAACUGAUAAGCAACUCGACGGCCAUAAGAGAACAUGCAGGGGAAAGAAGUUGAAUCAGUGUGCUCAAUGCUUGUUUGAUCAUGUCCCGCGGUUUGGGAGAUCACAUAUUGAUUGCGUUGAAAAAGCUGCAUGA